GCGGCUUUGUUCCGGAGCCGUUCCCGCCGCGGGCGGGCUGGCUGGCUGGCUGGCCCCUGCCCGCCCCUCCCCGCCGCCCGGAGCCAGGCGGGCCGGAGCGAGGCUGCCCCGCCACUUGGCCGCGCGGUCCCGGCGGCUCCGCGUCUCCCGGUUCUGGGAGGGGAGGCUUUCCCCGGAGCGGGGGGCGGGCGGCGGCCGCCUGGCCCCCGCAGCCCCGCGCACCCCCGCAGGCCCCCUCCCUCCGCCGCCCGGUCCGGACCGGACAGCCCCGGCGGGCGAGCGGGCGUCUUCCUCCGCAGAGGCGAGCGGAGCCCCGAGGGCGGGAGCAUGUUCGACUCCUAGGCUCCCACCGCCCCAGAACCGCUCAGCCCCCGGAAAGGAUGGUCCUGACUUCUCCCCUGCCUGCUUUCUUUCUCGUCCUGGCAUCCGCAGCUUCUUUUCCAAAAGACUUGGCUCCGCUUCACAUCGUCAGCGAGGCAGAAACUGGCCAGUAUCCCUCCUUCCAUGGCUUGGCGGGAGAGAAUGACUCCGCUGUUUUGGGCUUGGAUUUCCAAAGCAUGUUGCAAAUCAACAAGACCCUCUUCAUCGCUGCCCGGGACCACGUCUACGCUUUUGACCUUGGACAGACGAAAGACAGUUUCGCUCCGAAGAGGCAUCUCGCCUGGAGGACACAGGGUGUGGAGAAUUGUGCCAUGCGUGGGAAGCUUCGGGAGGAAUGUUACAACUACAUCAAAGUCUUGGUGCCCAAGGACAACCAGAAGCUCCUGGCCUGUGGCACCAACGCCUUCCACCCGGUGUGCCGGAUGUACAAGAUCAGCAACUUUCAGGAGGAAGGAGAAGAGCUGAAUGGGCAGGCGCGGUGCCCCUUCGAUGCCAAGCAGACCAACGUUGCCCUCUUUGUGGAAGGGAAUCUGUACUCCGCCACCGUGGCCGACUUCCAAGCCAGCGAUGCGGUCAUUUAUCGGAGUUUGGGCGAGCGGAGCCCCGUGCUGCGGACGGUCAAAUACGAUUCCAAGUGGCUACGGGAACCUCAUUUCAUUCACGCUCUGGAAUACAAGGAGUAUGUCUAUUUCUUCUUCCGUGAGAUCUCCAUGGAGUAUACCACGCUGGGACGGGUGAUCUUUUCCCGCGUGGGAAGGGUCUGCAAGAACGACAUGGGCGGGUCCCCUCGGGUGCUGGAGAAGUACUGGACGUCGUUCUUGAAAGCCCGGCUCAACUGCUCGGUCCCCGGGGAUGCCUUCUUCUACUUCGACGUCCUCCAGGCCGUCACUGAGGUCACCCAGGUGGACAGACGGCCAGCCGUCUUUGGGGUCUUCGCCACCCAGUCCAACAGCAUCACUGGUUCGGCUGUCUGCGCCUUUUACAUGGAUGAAGUGGAGCGGGUGUUCAACGGGAAAUUCAAAGAGCAGAAAAAUGCGGAUGCUGGUUGGACGCCCAUCUCCGAGGACAGGGUCCCAAAGCCCAGACCCGGCUGCUGUGCUGGAGUUGGCAAAGCCUCCGCUUACCGAACCUCCAACGAUUUUCCUGACGCCACGCUGAGCUUCAUCAAAUCCUACCCUCUCCUGGAUGAAGCCGUGCCCUCUGUUGCCGAGCACCCCUGGUUCACCAAGACCUCCAGCAGGUACCGGCUGACCCGCCUGGUGGUGGACACCUCCGCGGGCCCCUUCCGGAACCGCACCGUCCUGUUCCUGGGCUCGGAGGACGGCUCAGUGCUGAAGGUCCUUUCCCGCCCUGCCGAGAACCACACUGUGGAGACCCUUCUCCUGGAAGAGGUCUCGGUCUACCAGCCGUCCCGGUGUAGCGUGAAGUGUGAGGAUCGGCAGGUCCUGGGCUUGGAAUUGGACAAGGCAAACCACGCCCUCUAUGUGGCCUUCUCCGGCUGCGUGGUGCGGAUGCCCCUCAGCCGCUGUGGGUCCCACGGCACCUGCCGGAGGAGCUGCCUCGCUUCCCGGGAUCCCUACUGUGUCUGGCUGCCCUCCGGGACUUGUGCAGACUUCAACAACGAAAUCAGAAGCGGAUUUGAGCAAGACGUUGAAAACGCAGCCAGGCACUCAGUGAAUUGUCAAGACGGCGCGAUGUCCACAGGGGAACACGACAGCCUCAGUGACUCGGCAUAUGGAGAGCUGCAGACUGCCCCAACCAUCUCCGGGCUCUCCUCAGAGGCGCCCACGGGGGCCCCCUCUGCUAGCUUGGCUCCUGGCGCCCACCCAGCCCCCGCUGCGGGGGACCCCUGUUUCACCCUCCACGUGGCUGUGAGCACGCAGGGGGUGAGGCAGGAGCCAGAAGCGAGAGACGCCGCCGGGUCGGUCCACUUCACCUUCCUCAUCGGCUGCGUCUUUGUGGCCUUCAUCCUGGGCGCUUUCCUGUCCGGCCUGCUUGUCUCCUGCUACUGCAGCCACAGCUUCCAGAGGGCCAAACGGCCCGGCAAGGACCCGGAGGGCGGGAUCCAGCGCCCACUCUCGCUGCGCAGCCUGGCGAAGAUGAACACGCUGCUGGAGGGCCAGGCCAAGGAGGGGCGGAUGGAGGCUGCUGCCACCCAGCUCUACGCCACGCUGCUGCCCGGCGAGAAGGAGCUGCCCAGCGCCGGGGCCAAGGCCGGGGUCCGGGAGCACCCAGAGCUCUCCGGCUUGCCCACGCCGGAGUCGACGCCCGAGCUGCCGACGAAGGGCAUGACGGCCAUCCGGAACCAGUGGGAGAAAAACCAGAACUUCAACAACGCCAAGGACGCUCAGGGGAAGGCGCUGCCCUUCCACCCGCCGGCCCCCAACGCCUUCCCCUUCCCCGGCCCAGGGGGGGUCCCUGGCCGCCUGCACGGCUAUGAUGCCCCCCUGGCGGGCUACCUGGACGAGAAGAAGAUCCCUAACUCGGAGCGGGUCCUGGCGCGGCCGCCCCAGUGCUGCCUGCCCAAAGGCGUGGAGGUCACCACCCUGGAAGAGCUGCUGAAGCACCUCCACGGGGCCGGUGGCUCCCCCCAAAAGGGGCCAGCCUGUGUGCCCCCCGCCUUCCUGUCGCCGGCCGUGGCUUUUGCCAACCAGGUGCAGCCCAAGGUCCCCAACCUGGAGAGUGCCCCGUAUUACAGCGCCUCCACGCUGCCUCGGCGGCUGGACGUGCCCCCAGACACACCCUCGCUGGCCUGCCCGGACAAAGGGGGCCGGCCAGCUGCCCACAGACAUUCCCUCUGUGCCGCCCCAAAGCUCGUGAACCUCGGGGGCGCUGGCGGGGGGCUGCUGCUGCACCAGCCCAGCCUGGGUCAGGCAGGGAGGCUGCCCCCAGCCCUCCUCACCCGCGUGCACUCCACGGGGACCUCCCUGCCCCCGGAGGGCCCCCACGCCAUCUUCCUGGCCAGGCAACACAGCUAUGGGGACCAGGUGCCGCUGCCCAGCCAUGGCGGCCUCAAGCGGUCUGUCUCCCUGAUGAAGCCGGGCACGGCCGCCCAGCCUCUCUUCCAGCCUUCCUCUCCGCCCGCCCAGCCCUCUGGCCCCUUCAACUAUUGAGCCCCGCGGAAGGAGAGGCUUGCUUGUCACUUGAACCCGGAGCCGGGGAGCUCUGAGCCUGUCGCUCUGCCCGUGCCCAAGGAUGCCCACCUCCAGGGACUAUCAAUCCCAGUGUGCCUUGUGAGAGGGAAGGUCCCCCGCUGGUGGGGCAGGUGGGGCUGGGCGAGAGGGACGCCUGGUUUCUGCCCCUCCCUCCCUCCCUCCCUCUCUUCCCGCAAGAUGCUUCUGGAAGCCUCUUUGGCCCGUCCAGGUGCCCCGAGUGGCCCCUGAGCAAAGCUGGCCAUUCCUCCCUACCUCACGGGUGAGGGCCUUGCAGGUGGCGGCCUUGGCAAAGUCCACGCUCACCCAUUCCUUAUGCAAAGCAUCUCUCGCUCAACCGAGGCUGCCCGGGCCCCGGCUCACGCCCUGCGAACGGGCACAGAAUUUUGCUUCCAAAGGCUGGCAAAAGCGCCGCGGGCACAAACCCACCAGGGAAAGCAGAGAUGCAUUCAAGCAGCUGGCCAGGAACAGGAGCCCUGUAGGGGCCCCGGGGGCCCUUCUUCCUCUCUCCCAGUGCCAUCCUCUAAACGGUCUUGUUUUCAUUCCCCGUUUGGCACAAGGACUAGAAACUCAAUGUUGUCGUUUUGGAAAGACUUGAGGGUUCGAAGGGUGGAUUUCACGCUGUCGGAGUGGGGCAAAAUGGGUCGGGGAGGGUUUCAUUGAGGAUUCGUCGAGCCCCGAUGGCAUCCGCCCAGAAAGCAAGGGGCAUUUCCGGAGACCAGGUGGGCUCUCCAAAGCGGAGAGUGAUGCUCGGCUCCUCAGCGGACCAACCCCGAAAGAACUGAGCCCGUGCCGGGCUGGUCCGCCCGCACCUUUCAUGGGGUUAGAGAACCGUGUUUGCGUAGCAGUGGGGAAGGGUGGACCCGGCCUGUCUGUGUAGCACUUUGGCUAUUUGUGCGUGUGUGCUUCUCCCAAAAGAGCAGGAUACGGCCCCCUUCGGUGUGGGGCCUUCUGGGAAAUGUGAAGAGACUUCCAAGCGAGCCACGUUACGCGGGCUCUUGGCACUCGAACUCGUGGCCUUUCCCUCCUGCUGACUUUAAGACUUUGCAGCCUGAAACUCAGCAGGGAUCUGACCUCAUUCUGGAAAACUGCCCUCAAAGCUCUCUUCCUUUCACCCUGUUUUGGCCACCCUCUUUUUCUAAAAACGCCCCAGGGAAGAGCUGCUGCCGUUCCAUUCGAUGGCUGGGAGAAUUUGAUGAAGGCCAAAUUACGUCCAUCGAGGGAGGUCCCCGUAUUUUCCUUCUCAAGUUACUCCCCGUCCGGCAGAGUUUUAACACUGACCAACUUGGUUCAUCU